UUUAACUGAUAAAGCUCAGCCCGCCAUUUGCAGAGAAUACAAGAAACCUUUAUAGUGUUACAUGAUGGAUCAUAUUCCCCGUCUAUCAGAGGUCCUGUAUGUUGGUAUGUGUCGUGAGAUAGGGACACCAACAGAAGUGGCCAUCAGGAGGGACGUGAUGAACAUGAAGGAGAUGAUAGAGAAACCUGUUUAUAAUCACAAAGGAAUUGCUGUGAUGAUGAGUGGUAGUCAUAGAGAGGGAUUUCGGCUGAGUUCAUCUGACAGGGAUAUAAUGCUUUGGGUUUGUGAUUAUAAAUUAAUUACUGACAUCUCCCAGUCUCGGUUUUAUAAUACAUCAAAGCAUAAUAUUGUGCUAAUGGAAGAUUCUGAUACACCGCCAGGAUUUGUCAAACUGCGCCUUCUGACCCCAGUGCGAAACGAACACAUGAUGUCACGCCUAGUUCUCCUUGAUGGCGGGGCUUAUUUAUCGAGUCUGCUGUGGAGAGAACAAUAUUUUCAGGUCAGGAUUAAGAGAGUUCCUAACCCUGAAAAUUUCCGAAUCCAUGGUCCUUGUAGUAGUAAUUUCUGUGGACCUAUUGAAGUUGAUAUAGCUUACUGUUUAGCCACAUUUCCUUGGCCUAAACUAUUAGGAGGUUGGAUUGAAAGAUGCCAGAGACACACCUGGCCGCCGGUAUCUGUGUUAGAAAAAAUCCUAAAAAAUGAAUGUCACUGUAUGCCUAUUGGUAGUAAAGUUGAUGUGACUCCUAACGAACUGGAAUGGAGGUUAUCAUUUUCUCAAGCCGAGAAACAACUAGUGUGUACCAUGAAUCAUGCACAAUUUCUAUGUUACGGACUCCUGAAAAUAUUUCUGAAGGAAGUUAUCAAUUGUGAGGAGGAUGAAUUACUGUGUUCAUAUUACAUGAAAACCACAAUGUUCUGGAUGAUGCAAUUAGGACAAGUGAGAUGGUGCCCAAACAACUUACUGGAUUGUUUUUGGAAAUGUUUUAAAUAUCUUCUUCAUUGUGUUUAUCGUGGGGUUUUCCCUAAUUUUUUUAUCCCACAGAACAACAUGUUCAUGAACAAAAUUGUUGAUGAUUCACGUGAAUCUCUUUUACAACAGCUUUAUCAGUAUUACAGAAUGGGCGUGUCCUGUUUACUGCUGAGUCCGACUCUCAGAUCAAUCCUAGAACCAGCCUUCAGUAGCCCGUCCUUUGUGUUAUCUCCUGCUGAGGGAGAAUUCAUAAGUAUUGCAAAUUUAGAUAUAUGUGGCAUACGUGAAUUCAAUUGCUUAAGUUUUCCUGCUCAACACAUAUGGGAAUCUUAUCUUUACUUAAAAUCAAUUAACAUACUAUCUCAGUUAUCAAACUCACCACACCAAUUAUUAACAUUACAGAACUGUACUGCUCAGACUCUUGUUCGUUCAGCCUUUAUAAUGACAAAUAGUGCUUCAUAUUGCACCCAUAAAAAAAUCUAUAACUUAGAUACAAAAAUUUGUGGCAUGUUGAAAAUGGCAGCAAGAUUAGGGUCUGUGUCUUAUUUACUUUAUCUCGCAUUGUAUUACUACAGAACAAGACGAUAUGACAAAGCAGUACGAUUCAGUAAUCUCACUAAACGAAAAUUGUUAGAUGACUUUAUUAUAUAUCAAUAUAUUUUUGAUAAACAAAGGUACAAUGAAACUGUAGGUAAUCUAUCUUUGUUUAGAAGAAUGGGAUUGGCUUGGGUGUAUGAUGUGUAUUUAUUUUACAAUAUCCCAUGUAUUGAAGAAUUAUUUUUAGAACAAAAUGUGAGUCAACAAAACAGAAGGUCAGGCCAACAUUUACCACCAUUUGUUAUAGUAGAGAUGUUGUCUGUGUUAUCUCACUAUAGACUGGGUAAUAGAUCUCAGUGUUUACAGUCACUGACAGACCUACAGACACUGCUGCUCUAUGAUGACGGGAGAUAUGUUCCUUUAUACACCAGAGACCUAUCCUGGCAGAUACUAGGAAUCUGUCAACAUGUUGUGGGAGACUUGCACGGGGCGUUACGGUCUUAUGAAGAGUCGCUCAAACAGAAACCAUUCCAGCGCAUAAAAGAAGCUACAUAUUUUAGAACAGAAUGUGUUAAACAACAAUUACAAAGAAAUGUGUACAUGUAAAAAAUAAUAUGCAAAGUUUCUCUUAUAAUUUAAAAGUGUGCAGACCAGUUGUACAAAAAAUGCAUUGCUCACUGAGAUAGGCAGUUGGCAGGAAUCAUUGACAAUUUUAGCAAAGCUUAAGCGGUCGGUAAAGGUGAAAAGUAUGGAUUUACUUUUUAUACGCAUAUUAAAACUAUAAAAAGUUGCAUUUUGAUGUUUUAACAUUCCUCUACUCCCACUCCCACUCACUACUUACAUACAAAUAGACGUUUAAUUUUAAAGCAAUGUCUACAAGAAUGACAAAGUCAGUAAGUGAACAUUUGUCAAAUGAAAGAAUAACAAAAAUAGAUGCAGGGAUAUCAUUUAGUGAGCUGAGUACUCAUAGUACCUCUAGUUUAUGUGCUAGAUCCAUGUGACGCGUACUUUACAGUAAGUUCCACAAUCGAUACAAUGACUUUGUCAGCAAAUACACAAUAUCAUAAAGUCAAAUGCUGACUGACGUUUUUCAUACUAAUUUCAUACUCGCGUGGUGCAUUGGUUGGAGCGUCUGCUUUAAGAGUCGCGAAGUCAGGGGUUGAUCCUAACGUCGCAGAUUCGAAUCCAACUGUAGGACGUGGAGAUCGGUCCUUUGGAUGAGACCGUAAAAAUAGGGGCCUAGUGUCGCAGUAGGUGCUGGCACGAAAAAGAUCCCUCCCUGCUAACUGGCCCUAAGUGCCGAAUAUAGUCAAAAAUUGCUGCUCUCCACCGCCAAGAUGUGGCGUCUCCAUAUGAGUAAAAAAUUAUCUAUAGGGACGUUAAACAAUAUAUACAAUCAAUCAAUAUC